AUGUAUUUUUCCCUCUUUUUCUUUCACCCUAUAUUUGCUCCCGAAUGUGGGAAGUGGGAAUGUGGGAACUAUGUGGGAAUGCAUAAAGCUGCUACGUGUCCUGAUGCUGUGCCAGCUGGCUGCCCCCCUGUGCCUGGCUAUACCACUGCAGAGCCAGUGUAUCGACGAGUCAAUCUGUACAUACAGUUUGCAGGAUUACUACAGCCAGAUGAUCAACAUGCCCAGUCACAUCAAUGAGCGCAGUAUUGCCCCCUGGAGUUACAUCGAGAACAUCGACUUAAACCGCGUCCCUCAGGUUAUACAUGAGGCCAGCUGUCACACAAGCCAUUCCUGCAGAGGCCUCGACAAUGCUUUCGGUCUGGAAACCAUACCUCUGUCCCUGAGGAUGCCCGUCCUCAAGAAGAACCCCGGUUGUUUCCCCACAGCAAGCUACUCCAUGGAGUUUGAACUCAUCACCAUAGCAUGUAUGUGUGUUAUUUCCAGGCACAGCUAAGAAGACAUUUUAGCAAGGGAAAGUGUUGGCUGUGAUGCAUCACAAAAGGCAAUUGUCAUGAUUUUAUUUUAAUUAUUUAAUACUGUACAUGUUAUUCCGACUACUGAGGAGUAAUUAAGGCCGCUAUGUCUCUUGCCUCUAUAAUAUGUGCUUCGCAGGAAUUCGUUACCAGGUGUCGUUUAGUUGACAAAUAAAAUCCUUGGCUCAAAUAAAUGCCUUGUUUUUUUGGGAUGUCCGAUGUGCCGAUAUUGUCCAAUUCUCAAUUUCCGAUACUGAUAUAUGUAACAUGACACAAUAUGUUUUCAUCUGAAGUCAGUAUUAAAAGAAAAAAGUAUUAAAACACGCGGCCCGCGGGCCAAAUGUGGCCCGCAGGACACUAGUUUGAGGCCCCCGCCUUGAUAUGAAAGUUUAAUGUUUGAUAU